AUGCUGGUCCAGUUCUUUGCCGGGAUCGAAACGUUCUUCCUGGACCUCCUCCGCCUCCCCACCGACUCCCUGUUUCGCAUGUUCCCGGACCACCAGCAUUACUGGCCCUACCUCACGCACCGUCACCCAUUCCGCGCCGGCUUGGGGGACUUUAUAAGCCUCAACUUCCUGGUCAACACGCCCACGCUUGCAUCCAUCGAGAUGCUCAACGCCAUCAAGGAGAACUCGCUCGGGCUGGGGCCGCAUAGACGCGGCUGGAUCUGCAACCUUGUUCCCGCCCACGUCCGGAUGAAUUUUUAUGGAGCCUUCUUGGUGACUCUGCUAAGGGUCUGGGUCUUCACGGCCGGAUCUCGAUAUAUACUAUAUCAUUACUAUCUCAGGGAGAGACGCCGGGAUAAGCUCUUGGCUUUGGGCUUGUUGCUUUGCCUUGCUAUGUGA